AUGUGUGACCGUUUGGUAGCGGGCAUCAACAAUCUCAGUCUAAAACGCAAGUUACUGGAGAAGAAGGAUUUAACUUUUGCCGAAGCCCGGAAAAUUUGUGAACAGAAUGAUGACUUGAUGAAGGCUACUUCCAGCGAAGCAGUCACAUUAUUCCAACGGCAGAAGACUCCACCGAAUCGACCUCCAACGGCCAAACGUGCACCAAAGCCGCAGAAAGAUUCCCCAGGCCCAGCCACCCAAUUUCCGUACCGAGGUGUGACACUACAGUCUGGUACAACUCACAAAUUCAUUGUUGACACGGGAAGUAAGGAAUCUAUCAUUUCUAAUGCUGUGCUUCGGUCCAUAUGCCCCCAAGCAAAAAUCCAACCGACAUCCAUGCGGAUUCUCGGUGUAACUGGACACCAAUUACCAUUGCUUGGCGAGGUUUCAUUGAUGGUACAUUCCAAAUAA